AUGCCCUCGGUCAGCAGCGAGGAGGGAAGUAAAACAACCAUCCAAGCCAAAUAUGUGGUUGGCAGUGACGGCGCCCAUAGUUGGGUACGCCUAACCAAAGGCCGCAUCUUACUCGGUGGCGAUGCGGUGCAUACCCAUACUGCCAAGUAUGGCCAAGGCAUGAAUGUCUCCAUGCAAGAUGCCUUCAACCUUGGGUGGAAGUCGGCCGUCUUGCCUGUCGGACGCUUGAUAGCAGCCAGCGAAUCCGCUCUUCCUACAUCCGCAGAGACGUCAGUCUCGGCAUUGUACCAGAUCCGGAAGACCUCCGCGGAUGUUGACUGCAGGCAUAUGAGACCUGCAGGGCUAGGCAAGUUGUAG